AUGACCAAACAAUCGAUUCUUGAUUUGGAUCUCAUCGUGCUGAACUGUACUUUGGCCACCGUUGAAGACGUGGUGCAAUGUGACAUUGGCAUCAAAGACGAGAAGAUUCACUCAAUUCUCCCCCAAGGAUCUCUGGCUGGCUCAAAGGCCAAAAAGACCAUCGACGCCAAGGGAGCUCUGGUUACGCCAGGAGGGAUUGAUGCCCAUGUUCACCUUCAGGAGCCGCCGCUUUUUGGACUCGGGUCCACUGCAGACAGCUUCGAGUCCGGCACCCGUGCCGCGAUUGCGGGAGGUACAACCACCGUCGUAGCCUUUGCACCUCAACGGAAGGAUGAAGAUAGUGUUCUCGCAACUCUAGCUUGCGUUCAUGAACGUGCCAAAGACCAAUGCUACAGCGACUACUCGUUCCAUCUCAUCAUAUCCAACCCAUGCGAAAAGACCCUUGCGGAAUUUCCAGCCUUCCGAGAGCUAGGAAUCUCGUCCGUAAAGAUAUAUAUGACGUACAAAGAUUUGCGCCUCAACGACGAGCAAUUCUUGGAUGUCUUGUUUCAAUCCCGUCUACAUAAAGUCACAACCCUGGUGCAUGCCGAGAACGAUUCUGUGAUUGCGUGGAUGACCAAAAAACUGCAUGAGCGUCAACUAUACGCACCAAAGUACCAUACGGCUUCACACCCUGCCGUCGCCGAGAUUGAGUCCAGCUACCGUGCAAUCUGUCUUUCCGAGUUUAUUGAUACUCCCAUAUUAAUCGUACAUGUCUCUAAUCCUCGAGCCGUCGAUAACAUUCGACAAGCCCAGGCAAAGGGGCUUCCAAUUUAUGCCGAGACUUGUCCUCAAUAUUUGUUCCUUAGCAACGAAAAUCUGGAUCGGCCUGGACUCGAGGGGGCAAAGUGUGUUUGCAGUCCACCACUACGCAACAAAUCCGACCAUGAGGCUAUUUGGGCCGGUCUCGAGGACGGAACAUUUACCAUUCUCUCGUCCGACCACAGCCCGUUUAACUUCAACGAUUCGAUAUCAGGCAAAGGAUCGAGCGUGACAGCGGAACGCCCCGAUGGGCAGUUUCACCUAGUUCCCAACGGAUUCUCUGGCGUCGAGACCCGAAUGCCAUUGGUACUUUCGGCUGAUCGACUUAAGAUACAAAGAUACGUGGAGUUGACAUCGACCAACCCGGCGAAAUUGUAUGGCAUGUACCCGAGAAAAGGCGCUCUUAUCCCGGAGGUCAGUGAUGCCGACUUUGUCAUCUGGUACCCCGACGGGAAUCUUGAUAUGACUAUCACCAACGACAUCCUUCAUCACGAUGUCGACUACACCCCAUUCGAGGGACACAAGGUAAAGCAGUGGCCGCGCUACACUGUUCUUCGUGGACAAGUGGUUUGGGACAGGGAAGAUGGAGGGGUCGUAGGUGCUCGAGGCUUUGGUCAGUUUUUGCAUCGCACAGAAAGCAUGUUGGCGGGCAGUAGGGGUGAGGGGUCUUGGGACGUUGAAACCGCGUGGGUUUAG